UCUUUUCCUUGGUUUUGAUGAAGAUCAUCUCCACAGGAAUCUUUCAAACUUCCAGGAAAUGUGUUUGGGGUCAACAGCUAUCGGACUUUUCGUUUGGGGUGAAAAAGGAAGACCAGCUAAAUGCGGAGGGCUCUGUGCUUCCCCAGAAGGAAGAAUUAAAAAUGAAUAUGUUCAAGGAAGCAGUGACAUUUAAGGAUGUGGCUGUGGCCUUUACUGAAGAGGAGCUGGGACUGUUGGACUCUGCCCAGAGGACACUGUACCAAGAUGUGAUGGUUGAGAACUUUAGGAACCUGCUCUCAGUGGAAGAGAAUAGUCAAAGUGAGUUAAGGACUGUUCAAGAUGGAGGAUCAAAUGAAGAGCUUUCCUGUUGGGAAAUCUGGCAACAAAUUGCAAAUGAUUUAACCAUGUAUCAAGACCCCUUGAUAAAUAAUUCUCAGUUUCAUAAACAAGGUGAUUCCCCCCACCAGGUAGGGAUAGGACUAUCUAUUCAACUUUGUGAAUAUAAUAAUUAUAUAUUAAGUCAUAAAGCAGAUGGUCCAAACGAUACUAGAAAUCCAGAGUUUCUGACUCUGAGAAGCCACAAUUCUCUGAAGAAAUCUUUCCUGACCAUGUCACAGAAUUACCAGAAUGGAUAUCAGCAAGUUCCCAUCAAAAAUAAACUAUAUCAGUAUAAGCAGGGUGUUGACCCCAUCAGUUGGAUUUCACAUUACCGUGAUUAUAGAAUACACAAAAGUGGAAAAUGUUGUAGAUCUGAUGAUUAUGGAAAAGACAGCAUGAAGAUUUUGACAUUUGAUCAGAACAGCAUGAUUCACACAGGACAGGAACCUUACCAGUGUAACAAGUGUAAAAAAACCUCCAAUGAUCUUUCCAGCUUUGAUCUUCAACAGCAAUUACAAUCAGAGGAGAAAUCUCUUACAUGUAUUGAGUGUGGAACAGGCUUCCAUUAUAGCUCAUUUCUUCCUGUUCAGAGAGUUCACAUGGGAGAAAAACUGAAGUGUGAUGCAUGUGGUAAGGAAUUCAGUCAAGACUCACAUUUACAAAACCAUCAUAAAGUCCACAUGAUAGACAAACCAUACAAAUGUAAUCAGUGUGGGAAAGGUUUCAACCGUAAAUCAGCACUUAAUGUUCAUUGCAAGGUCCACACAGGAGAGAAACCUUAUAAUUGUGAAGAAUGUGGGAGGGCCUUCAGUCAGGCCUCUCAUCUUCAGGAUCAUCAGAGACUCCAUACUGGAGAGAAACCGUUCAAAUGUGAUGCAUGUGGUAAGAGCUUCAGUCGGAAUUCACAUCUUCAGUCCCAUCAGAGAGUUCAUACAGGAGAGAAACCAUACAAAUGUGAGGAAUGUGGAAAGGGCUUCAUUUGUAGCUCAAACCUUUACAUUCAUCAGAGGGUCCACACAGGAGAAAAACCCUAUAAAUGUGAGGAAUGUGGUAAAGGCUUUAGUCGGCCUUCAAGUCUUCAGGCCCAUCAGGGAGUCCACACUGGAGAGAAAUCAUACACAUGUACUGUGUGUGGGAAAGGCUUUACUCUGAGUUCAAAUCUUCAGGCCCAUCAGAGAGUGCAUACUGGAGAGAAGCCAUACAAAUGUGAGGAGUGUGGGAAGAGCUUCAGGAGGAACUCACAUUAUCAAGUUCAUCUAGUGGUCCACACAGGAGAGAAACCUUACAAAUGUGAGGUAUGUGGGAAGGGCUUCAGUCAAAGUUCCUAUCUUCAAAUCCAUCAGAAGGCCCACAGCAUAGAGAAACCUUACAAGUGUGAGGAGUGUGGGCAGGGCUUCAAUCAGAGUUCACGACUACAGAUUCACCAGCUGAUGCAUACUGGUGAGAAACCAUACAAAUGUGAAGAGUGUGGAAAGGGAUUCAGUCGUAGAGCAGAUCUUAAAAUUCAUUGUAGAAUCCACACAGGAGAGAAACCAUAUAAUUGUGAGGAAUGUGGGAAAGUCUUCAGGCAGGCAUCAAAUCUUUUGGCCCAUCAGAGAGUCCACAGUGGAGAAAAACCAUUCAAAUGUGAGGAGUGUGGGAAGAGCUUUGGUCGGAGUGCACACCUGCAAGCCCAUCAAAAAGUCCACACUGGAGAAAAGCCAUACAAAUGUGAAAAGUGUGGGAAGGGCUUCAAGUGGAGCCUGAAUCUUGAUAUGCAUCAGAGGGUGCACACAGGAGAGAAACCAUAUAAGUGUGGGGAAUGUGGUAAGUACUUCAGUCAGGCCUCAAGUCUUCAGCUUCAUCAGAGUGUGCACACUGGAGAGAAACCAUACAAAUGUGAUAUGUGUGGUAAAGUCUUCAGUCGGUCUUCACAACUUCAGUCUCAUCAGAGGGUUCACACAGGGGAGAAACCUUACAAAUGUGAGAUAUGUGGAAAGAGCUUCAGUUGGCGAUCAAAUCUUACAAUUCAUCACAGAAUCCAUGUUAAUAAAUCCUAUAAAAACAAUAGGGGUGAUAAGAAUAUCAGGGAAUCCACAGAGGAAAAAAAUUCUAUGAAAUGAGUUUUU